AUGGUAUUAUUUGGGGUUGUUUUAAUUGCAAUUUCGAUCAAAGCAGUUAAGCUGAAACCAAAGAAGGCGGUUAAAGGAGAUAAUAAGAACCGUAAAUUAGGACAAUGGAUUCCAGAUGAAAAAUUCAAGACGCCAAAGCCAGCCCCGUUCCCCGAUUGGAACAUUAAAACAACCAAACCACAACCAUACCGGGCGUUUAAAUCCAACUAUAAAGUGAAUAUGGGGAUUAGAAACAUGCCAUGGGACUCGUGGAUUGAAUUAGAUAACCAGUGGCCCAAGUAUCAUCAAGAUAAAUUGAAUAGAAUAGCCACCAAGGGGAAAGAAUUAUAUGAAACCAGUGACGAAGCCAUUGAUGCAGCAUAUGAAUUAUUAGAGGAGUUUAGAAACUGGUUACCAAUUAGAUAUCCAAGUUUAUUCAAGCAAACCAAGGACGGGAUUUAUAAUUUAGAAACUGGAGAAGAUCACAUUUUCAUGAGAAAGGGAGGAAAAGAGAAAUUCAGUAGAAGUUUAGGAGAAGAUCCAAUAUUGAUAGCUAGUAAGUUAACCCAGGAUGAUUUGGCCAUAAUGCUUGAAAGCGAAAGCGGAGAAUACUAUUUGAAGAGUGGAGCCAUUAUGUUAGCAGGGUUUUGGAGAUUUAGAGAUAAAUUUAAUUUACCAUUGAGUGCAAUUCAUACUAGUGGAGAUGUACCAAAAUAUCAGACUAAUUUAAGACCCGGAAUGGAGAAAUUUUUCAUUAGAUUAACUCCAGAUAAGCCGGUUGUUAGAAACAAUUACUUUAUUCAAACUGAUGAUCAGCUACCAUGGAGUUCAUCGAUUGGAGAUGAACUGAACGAAAAAGUUGGAUGGUAUACUGCGAAAGCGGCCACCACCAUUGAGCAAAUUUAUUUCCGUAGUGAAAGACAGAGUUUAAGAAGAUUACCACGUAGUGGAGGGGUGGUGUUCACCAUCAGAACCUAUUUCAUACCAAUGGUUGAGAUUUGUGAAGAGCCCUGGGUUCCUAGACGGUUAUUGAAUGGGAUGAAGAGUUGGGAAGAAGAUGUUGCUGAUUAUAAAGGGUUAUAUCAAUAUAAAGAUGUUUGUUAUGAUUAUUUAGAGAGGAAAGCAUUAGAACAAGAAGCCAAGGGGUAUACUGUUGAUAAUGAUCCUCUGAAAUAUCCUUUUUAA